AUGGAUAUUGAUUCUACCGAGCAGGACGGGACCUCGUCCCCUGGCUAUAGGAUUGUGGAUGAGGAGAAGAGAUGGAAGUACGUGGAGCACAUCCGCCGCACUCCGGGCCCUUACACGGACCCCGAUGCCGUGAGCCAGGAAGCCGUUGACCAGUUCGAUAAGAUGAAGAUAUUAGUGAUCGGCGCGGGAGGUCUUGGAUGCGAGAUGCUCAAAGACCUAGCGCUCUCCAAGUUUAGAGACAUCCACGUCAUCGACAUGGACACCAUUGACAUAUCCAAUCUAAAUCGCCAGUUCCUGUUCCGGGAAGCGGAUGUGGGAAAAUUCAAGGCCGAGGCUGCGGCCAAGUUCGACAAGGACGACGACUUUUAUAAACAGUUCCAGAUGGUCAUUUGCGGCCUAGACAACAUCGAGGCGCGGCGAUGGAUCAACGCCAAGCUCGUGGCCCUUGCCGAGGAGGGCGACGGCCCAGACUGCAUCAAGCCGUUAAUUGACGGAGGCACAGAAGGUUUCAAGGGCCAAGUCCGACCCGAGCACUGUGUCGAGUGGGCCCACAUAAUCGCCUGGGAAGAAGAGAAGCCCUUCCCGGAUCUCGACAAGGAUGACCCCGAGCACGUCACCUGGAUCUAUCAAAAGGCUCUGGAGAGGGCCAAGCAGUUCAACAUCACCGGAAUCACCUACUCCUUCACCCAGGGCGUCAUCAAGAACAUUAUCCCCGCCAUUGCGUCCACGAAUGCCGUCAUAGCCGCCGCUUGCUGCAACGAAGCCUUCAAGCUUGCCACUGGCGCGGCCCCCGCCCUCGGGAUGGAGGAAAACUACAUGAUGUACUCUGGAGACGACUCCAUAUACACAUACACCUUCAAGCACGAGAGGAAGGAUGAUUGUCCGGUUUGCAACUCUGGCGCUCGGCCUCUGCAGGUCAAUCCCGAUAUACUCCUUCGCGACCUGGUAGAAUCUUUUGCCCUGCGGCCCGAGGCACAACUCAAGAAGCCGUCGCUUAGGUUGGAAGGCAAGACUCUUUACAUGCAAUUCCCCCAGGCUUGGAGGAGCAGACGAGGCCCAACCUCGACCGCACUUUGA